UCUGCUCGGCCCUCAGCCCCGCCUCUGUCAGAGGGGUGUUCGUACCCCCAUCUCCCUUUCUGUGUCUUCGGCCUCCCCAAACCCUGCUGAGUCGUCCCUGGGCCCCUCCUCUAGCUCCCGACUGCUCUUCGCCAGGCUCCACCCCCAACCCUCUUCGCCCGAGCUCGCGGCCCCAGGCUGCUCCCCUUCCCGGCGGUGGGGAGCCCUCGCGGUGCGCUUGCGCGUCCCGGGCCGCCCGGGACUCGGUUUCCCAGCCGGCCAAGCGGCCGGCGCCGCGGCGGCGAUCAGGAUUGUCAGUGGGUUCGCCCCGAGGAGAGCUGACUGCCCUGGGCUGUUGCUGACCUCCGGCAGAGCUGAGCCAAAAUGUCCCCGGAAUCUAAAAAGCUUUUCAACAUCAUUAUUUUAGGAGUUGCCUUUAUGUUUAUGUUCACCGCCUUUCAAACUUGUGGAAAUGUGGCGCAAACUGUCAUCAGGAGCUUAAAUAGCACAGAUUUUCAUGGCAGUGGAUAUACCAGCAUGGCAAUUAUUUAUGGAGUGUUCUCUGCUUCAAAUUUGAUCACACCCUCAGUGGUUGCCAUUGUAGGACCUCAACUCUCUAUGUUUGCCAGUGGUUUAUUUUACAGCAUGUACAUUGCCGUUUUUAUCCAGCCUUUCCCAUGGUCCUUCUACACAGCCUCUGUUUUCAUUGGAAUUGCAGCCGCUGUGCUUUGGACAGCACAAGGAAACUGCUUGACAAUAAAUUCAGAUGAGCACACUAUUGGGAGAAACAGUGGAAUUUUCUGGGCACUCCUACAGUCUAGCUUGUUCUUUGGAAAUCUGUACAUAUAUUUUGCCUGGCAAGGGAAAACUCAAAUAUCAGAGAGCGACCGGAGAACAGUGUUUAUUGCCCUGACAGUGAUUAGCCUUGUGGGGACAGUUCUGUUCUUUCUCAUUCGGAAACCAGAUUCUGAAAAUGUCCUAGGAGAAGACGAAUCUUCUGAUGACCAGGACCUGGAAGUCAACGAGUCUGCCCAGAACAAUAUGACAAAGGCAGUGGAUGCAUUUAAAAAGUCUUUUAAGUUAUGCGCCACCAAAGAGAUGCUCCUUCUUAGUAUUACAACUGCCUAUACAGGUCUGGAAUUGACUUUCUUCUCUGGUGUAUAUGGAACCUGUAUUGGUGCUAUAAAUAAAUUUGGAACAGAAGAGAAAAGCCUUAUUGGACUUUCUGGCAUUUUCAUCGGCAUUGGAGAAAUUCUAGGUGGAAGCCUCUUUGGCCUGCUGAGCAAGAAUAAUCGCUUUGGUAGAAACCCGGUUGUGCUGUUGGGCAUUCUGGUGCACUUUAUAGCUUUUUAUUUAAUAUUUCUCAACAUGCCUGGAGAUGCUCCCAUUGCUCCUGUUGAGGGAACUAACAACGCUGCUUACAUCAAACCCAGCAAAGAAAUUGCCAUUCUCUGCAGUUUUCUGUUGGGUCUUGGGGACAGCUGCUUCAACACCCAACUGCUUAGUAUUUUAGGCUUUCUCUAUUCCGAAGACAGCGCGCCAGCUUUUGCCGUCUUCAAGUUUGUUCAGUCUAUUUGUGCAGCCGUGGCAUUUUUCUACAGCAACUACCUUCUCCUUCACUGGCAACUCCUGGUCAUGGUGAUAUUUGGGUUUUUUGGAACUAUUUCAUUCUUCGCUGUGGAGUGGGAAGCCGCCGCCAUCGUCGCCCGGGGCUCUGACUACCGAAGCAUCUGAGCAGGUGGCAGCGAGGGGAGGCGCCUCCUGGGGACGCGGCUGGACGCGGGGCUCAGUGGAGGAAGCCGCCUUUCGUUUUCACCGUGUAUGGAUCGCGUUCAGUAUGGAAAAUGAAAGAGUAAGACUGUUAAGUCAGCGAGAGUUGGCAUUCAAGUUUACAGAUAGGAGCUAUUUAAAACAAGUGGAAUAAGGGAAAGCUGUUGUCACUACAGUUGUUCAAAGAUACUGUUUUUUAAUGCAUUUACUCAAGUCCCUUAUAAUCAUGAUAGUACGCAGAUAUUUUCUUCUCCCUCCUGCUCUUGUUGAAAAAUCCUGCCUUGAUUCAAAAUUCUGGGCCAUAAGUCAUGUCAGGGUUUUUUUCUGGGUAUGGAGUAUGUGUGUGUAACUGUCGGAGGCGUGUGCCACUCUCCACGUGCGUUGGGGGUGGCAUUGGAAUAAAUAGCGGGAUGUGGAAAUGAGAUCUUGCCUUUGAAAAGAUUUCUUCCCCUUAAAUGUUUUGUUGUUACAUUUUCUUACCGUGUAGUUCAUAGCAAGGAGUGGCCAAUUAAGUAUUAUGAAAUGAGGUACAGAUUGUUUUAAAAACAGGAAUCUAACAUUCCUGUUUUUGCAAACAAACAAAAACACAUUUAAAAAGACAAACACCUUUACUGAGGGAGGACUUUUGCUAGUAAUUUUCCUGGAAGGUACAAUACAAAACCUCCACAAACAAACCUGUAGUGAGAUCUGAGCUGUGGUGGCAGGCCAUUGUCAUGUUGUUAUUUGUGUAUGUCAUAUGCCUGGGAAUGGAAUGUCACUAGUUGGGGAGAUGUUUAAAUGGACGAGUUAGCUUUCCUCCAUAAGAGCUCACUUAAAUUUUUAAUUGAAAUAAAAUUCAGAAACCGUGAAAUUCACCAUUUGAAAGUAUACACUUACAAGAUAGUAUAACCAUCACUAUUUAAUUCCAAAACACUUUUAUCGCUCCAAAAGCAACCCCCUGCCUGUUGGCAGCCAUUCCCCCUUCUCUGGCCUGGCAACUACGACUCUACUUUAUGUCUCUAUAGAUUUGCCUAUUCUGGACAUUUCAUGUAAAUAAGAGAGCUCACUUUUAAGUGUGAUAUUUAACUGUACAAAUGAGUUCUUUGGCAAAGUAAAUUCAGCCAAGAGGACAAACAUAUAUACCUUGUUGUCCAUUAUUUGUUUUAAAACUUGCUAGAAAUUUAGAAAUUUUAUAGUUGGCUUGCAAAUCUGAAGAAAUACAAUAGAACGUGGUUUUCAGAUAUUUGAUGACAAGUGCAGGGAAUCAGAGAACCCUGUAGUUAGCUAGAAUCCUUAGAGCAAUCUCAUCGGUGUGGAGCGCUAAACCCUCCUGUUCCGGGUGGUGAAGUUCUGGCUUGCUUUCUUGGAGUUGAGAUCACCUCAGUUGACUUAGUUGACCCUGUAUGAAUAAUUUGUAAAUGCUGCUUCAGACUUAAGACAAAUGAUUUAUUAUCUCUUUAAGCAUGUGAUUAUUUACUGAGAUGUAUUAAUUUUCUAAUGUGGCAUAAAAAAUUACCCCAAAACUUAGCUGGUUAAAAUAGCACACAUCUAUUAUGUCCCAGUUUCUGUGGGUCAGGAAUCCGGGUGUGGCUGAGCUGGGUCCUGGGCUCAGGGUCUCAUACAGCUGUGGUCCAGGCGUUUUCUGGGCUCUGCUGGGGGAGGACCUGCUUCUCAGCACUCGCGUGAGGUCACUGGCAGGAGUCAGUUCCUCACAGGCCGUUGUGCUGAGGGUCGUAGUUUCUUACGGCUGUCAGCCAGAGACCACCCUGUGUUGUCACAUGGAGCUGUCCUCAGGGCAGCUUACCACACGGCAGCUGCUCUCAUCAAAGGAGGCAAGAAAAGCAGAAGAGAGAGUGAGAGCAAGACAGAAGUCACAGUCUGUCAUAACUUCAUCUCAAAAGGGACAUCGCAUCACCUCUCCUGCAUUGCUAGAUGAAAGUGACAGCCUGCCUUGGGGAAGGGAUCACCCAGGGUGGGAGCACCAGGAGGGGUCACUGGGGACCGUUUUACAAGGGCACUGUCACACGCAGGCUUACAUGGAAGGUGAGAGCUGCGUCCUGCAUUCCCAGUCCCCACGUUCCCCUGAGCUCUUGCUCUGUUGGCUCACGAUGGAUCUGCACGGUGAGGCUGGCAGGAGGAGGUUAAGUAACCUUUGAUAAUGACACCGAGUGUUAACCCAAGGAAGCCGUGGCGUCUCAUCACCUGUAGGAUUCCUGGUGAUUAUCAUCGAAAGGGAAAUGAAAUGGAGUGACGUGCUCUAUUGAGUACAUCAGAAACCCAGCCUCUGGGCUGCCUCCCGCUUGCUACAUGCUGUUAUUCGUUUUAAGUUCUUUAGUUGCAUUUUUUUAAAUUUUGGAUUUUACUUGGUUUUUAUUCACUUUUUAUGUCUGUAAAUAGUGUUCACCUUGGUGGGCUCUUUAGAUGACUGGAUAACAUUAAGGUCAUCUUUUACAUUCUCAGCAUCAAUUGAGUUAAAAAUGAAAUGUGGACUGGUGGGGGAGGGGAGCAUAGAGGCAGAAAAAAAUGAAAUGUGACAAUGAAAUAAAGAGUUUAAUUUUUA